AUGGCGACAGCUCAGCCCGUUGUGGUGUCCUUGGCGGAUCUGAAGAGUGGUAAUGUCUCGUUUGAGCAGCUCCAAGAGGCAUUUGGACCCGAGUCACUGGGUAUACUAGUAGUCAAAGAUGUGCCAGCGGAGUUCCCAGAUCUGAGGAGCAAACUUCUGUCUUAUGCCUCAUACAUGGGCAACCUGUCCGAGAAGGACUUCGACCAAUUCACGAACGAAGCAGCGAAGUACCUAGUGGGAUGGUCGAAGGGCAGGGAGCAACUGAAAGACGGCGGCGCAGACGAGUUCAAGGGCUCAUUCUAUGCCAACUGCGCCUUCUACGUCGAUCCAUCGCUCGAAUCGGCCAAGCCGACCGAGCAGUUUCCCCUGGAUCAGUUUCCGGAGUAUCUGGCGCCGAACUCAUGGCCGCCGAACGAGAUGCUGCCCGGCUUCAAGCCGACAAUGGAACAGAUGUGUAGCCUGAUCAUAGACACGGCCGUCCUAGUCGCGCGGGCGUGCGACAAGUUCGCCGAAAAGGAGAUCUCGGACUACCCGACGGCGUAUCUGGAGAACGUGGUCAAGUCCUCGUCGACGACGAAGGCGCGGCUGCUUCACUACUACCCCAUGUCGGAAGAGGCUAUGGCCAAGGGCAUGGAGGAGGAUAACUGGUGCGCGGUGCACAAGGACCAUGGCUGCCUGACGGGUCUCACCUCGGCCAUGUUCGUCGACGAGCUCAAGACGGACGCCAAGGUGGUCAAACCUGAGGGGUCCUGCCAGGUCGUCCCAUCCUCUCUGCCGACGCUGGAGGAGCUGCCCACGUCGCCGGAUGCGCAGGCCGGCCUCUGGAUCAAGGACCGCAAGGGCGUGGCGGUCCAGGUCAAGAUCCCGAAGGACUGCAUCGCGUUCCAGACGGGCGAGGCGCUUGAGCGCAUCACUCGUGGCAAGUUUAGGGCGGUCGAGCACUCGGUCCGAGGAGCGUACGCAAAGGGGGUGGCGCGGAACACGCUGGCGGUGUUCACGCAGCCGAAUCUGGAGGACGAGGUCGAUCUGGACCAGCACAUCAACUUUGGCGACUUUGCGAGAGGAAUUAUAGCCAAGAACACCGUCUGA